AAAAUAGAGUAUAAAAAGCCGUCAUGGUGCCGACGGUGGACACAUUCACUCCAAGAGUCCGAACUGAGCUGUGUGAUACCGAGCGCACCAUCUUUGUGGAUGUAACCCGCCUGACAGCUGGAGCUAUACUUCCAAACUUCCAAAGCUUGCACUUGCACCUUUAGCGUUUUAUUCGCUGAACCUACAAGCUGAGUGGACAACUUACUGCCGAUUAAUGGGACAGCAAAGUAAAGACGUGGAGUCGCUCCAGGAAAGCGGUCGUCGACGUGGAAGUUGCUUGGACAUUUUCCUCGUCGUGUCCGUCCUUUCUCUGUUUGUGACUUUGGCAGCUCUGACCGCCGGAGGACUGAUGGUUGUGAUGGAGCUGCGGUCCGACCUGAAGACUAUGCGCAAAAUCCCUGAAGUUGCUGGGCCCUUAAAACUCGAAGGAGGCCCGCCUUCUCCAACAAAUAAAACGCAGAAUUACGCCUACCUGGAACCCACCUCAGUCAAGUUGAGGAACUCCACCAUGUCCUGGGCUCACGUCAACCACGGCACUUGGACAUCUGUAGGACGCAACUUUGAGUUUGACCAAAGGCAGCAUUCACUGAAGCCAAAACAGGAGGGGAACUACUUCAUGUACGUUGAUCUUAGCAUCGAGUGCGUCUUCCAGUGCAAAACAGGACUACUCAGAGUGAGCAUAGGUGAUAAGUUCACCUGUGAGGUGGAGCUUCCAGCAAAUUCAGCCCCUGUGAGCAGAAAGUGCUGGACUGUGAGCUGGCUCGGUGAUGAGAAACUGUCAGCUCAGAUGACUGUGUCAGAGGGAGGACUGGAAAACUGGAAACUGGUGCUGCCUAAGUCAGGAUUCGGGGUUUUCCUCGUGGACUGAUAGGGACGCUGCAGUGCCACUGCUUACAUCUGGAUGCAAACGUGCCCGUGAUCACUAAAGAACACCAGUCUGUGUUUUCUUAAAGCCCAAGUCGAUGCAAACGGGCAGGCACUGGUGCCAUGUUCAAAAGCUAUGAUGAGGUUGCUUACGAACUGAAAGUGUAAGACAAAGAAGCUAAGAGAUAAAGGUGGCUCUUCAGGAGAAGUUGCAUUUAUGACACUCACCUCAUUCAAUGUAAAUAUGUAUAUAUGUUUCACUGUGUAGUAUAUUUAUUACAUGUUAGAAAACUAUUUAAAUAUUGUAUUUAUAAUAAUGCUGCCAUUUUCUAUAUAAAUUUAUGUUGAUGUAGAAGCCACUACAUUAGUGAUGUGCAAUACACUGCGAUUUUUAAGCAGCCUAAAUUGUGUUCAAUGUAACUUUGUAGCUCUGUUUUCAUUUUACGAACAGUUGGGGGCAUAAAGUUUACAAAAAUGUUUAGUUAGAAUUUUGCAUCUAAAAGCACAAUGAGCCCUUUAGAGACUGCAUUUGGAUCUACUGUAUUUAAUCAGAGUGAUUUAAAGUCUCUGGCAAAGGAUGAAUAACAGUGAUGAGUAAAACUAUGCACUUAAAAUAGUGUUUGCAGAUGCAAAGUCUGAUUAAAAAGUGUCCAAAUCAAAGCUCGUGUGUUUUUAAUGCAAAUGUUUUGUCAGGGACAAUGCACAUUAAAUUCGGGCACUCACAAAAUGAAAAAGUGUUUUGCUUUUUAAAAAAUAUGUAAGUCCUAUGGACAAACUACUCAUUGUUGAAUGUAUUUUGUUGUUAUCCGUAAUAAACCUGGAUUUGGUAAA